AAACAGUUGGCACGUGCUGUUUUGCAAGGGUUCGAUGAACACAAGGGCCAGUUCAACGUUGGCAACCUUGAAAUAGGUGUGGCAACUCAGGCAAAAACUAGUGAAUCGAAUAGGCUUUUUAUUCGGAAAAGGCAGGUACAGAGGUACAGAACUGACAAUAGAGGAGAACUGGACUACAAUGAUGAACAAAAUUAUAUUAGGAGGACUGGCACUAGUGUGUAUGGUCUACCUUGCAGGAUCCGCCCCAGUUGAUGAGUAUGGUGAGAUUCUCGAUUUCAUUGAAUCCGUCAUCAAUGCAGAGAAACGUGCGGAGAACGAAAGGGAAUCGGAACCUGUGAAUACCGACAAAGAAUGGCACUGGUAUAAAGCCAUAGAUACGGUGUCAAAAGAAGACGCUCAACCAGGUGAGCUUCAAUUCAAAGAGGGUCAAUCAUUAUUGCUUAAUCUAGACAACAAAGAUGGAGAAGACAAAUGGGUAAAAGGUUAUAAAAAGGUGUAUAGCUUCUACUGGUCUUGGGGUCAAGUAAAUACUCGUCACGUGAUUUCAACUGAUGCCUCGGAGAAGAAUGAAAGUGAACCAAGAUUCACAUCUGGAUAAAAGAACUGUUGAAAAUAAUAAACAUAGACUGUUCAAAAGUUAUGUAUCGAUCACUGUAGGAUUCUUAAGUCUUAUAGUAAAAAAAUUUAAAUAUUUUUGAGUACUUUGAAUUUAAAAAAUAAACAAUCAAAUGACCAAAUUGAAACAGUUUAUGUAAAAAUAGAAACAUUUAUAUUUAUCCUAACUUUUGUAUAUUUCAG